AUGGCAGCUACUACGAAGUCCAGGGCCGCGGACGCCAAGUUCGCUGAUAUGCAGAAAGAUACUGUCGAGGUCAAUGACAAACAGUAUAUGACCACCGACUAUGGCAUCAAGAUCUCCGAUCCAGACCACUGGCUGCGCGUAGCCAGCGAAAAAAACACCGGCCCCAUGCUCCUGGAAGACCAAAUUGCCCGCGAGAAGAUAAUGCGCUUCGACCACGAGCGCAUCCCAGAGCGUGUCGUUCAUGCCCGAGGUACAGGUGCCUUCGGCACAUUCAGGCUGUUUGAGAGCGCAGCAGACGUCACCACCGCCGGCGUACUCACCGACACAUCGCGCGAGACGCCGCUUUUCCUGCGAUUCUCGACUGUCCAGGGUAGUAAGGGCAGUGCAGAUACAGUGCGCGACGUACGCGGCUUCGCGGUGAAGAUGUACACGGACGAGGGUAAUUGGGAUAUCGUCGGAAAUAACAUCCCCGUCUUCUUCAUCCAGGACGCGAUCAAGUUCCCGGAUCUUAUUCACUCAGUGAAGCCCGAGCCACAUAACGAAGUGCCGCAGGGCCAGAGCGCGCAUAACAAUUUUUGGGAUUUCGUGUACAUGCAUUCAGAGUCGACGCAUAUGAACUAUUGGCAAAUGUCUGAUCGGGCUAUCCCGAGGUCGUAUCGAAUGAUGCAGGGCUUUGGUGUUAAUACCUAUUCUCUGGUUAACAAGGAGGGCAAGCGCCACUUUGUCAAGUUCCAUUUCACCCCCGAACUGGGCGUGCAUUCGCUUGUAUGGGAUGAGGCGCUCAAGAUUUGUGGCCAAGACCCGGAUUUCCAUCGCAAGGAUCUUAUGGAUGCGAUCGAGGCUGGCCACUUCCCACGGUGGAAGUUCGGCUUGCAACUCAUCCCAGAGGAGAAGCUGGACGACUUCGAAUUUGACCCGUUGGACGCUACGAAGGUCUGGCCUGAGGAGCUCGUGCCCAUCCAAUACAUCGGCGAGCUGGAACUCAACCGGAACAUCGACGAAUUCCACCCGCAAACGGAGCAAGUCGCCUUCUGCACAAGCCAUAUCGUGCCUGGCAUUGACUUUUCCAACGACCCUCUCCUGCAGGGCCGGAACUUCUCCUACUUCGACACACAGAUUUCCCGUCUGGGUCCGAACUGGGAGGAAUUGCCCGUCAACCGCCCGGUCUGCCCGUACAUGAACCUGGCCAACCGCGAUGGUCCCAUGAGACACCGCAUCACCAAAGGCACGGUCAACUACUGGCCGAACCGCUUCAACGCCAACCCACCCGCCGAGCCAUCCCAGGGCGGCUUUACCAGCUACCCCGAGAAACAGCAAGGCAUCAAAGCGCGCGCCCUAUCCGAAAAGUUCAAAGAGCACUACAACCAAGCGCAAACAUUCUACAACUCCCUCUCCGAGAUCGAAAAGCUGCACUUGGCCAAGGCCUUCUCUUUCGAACUCGACCACUGCGAUGAUCCAAUCGUCUACAAGCGCAUGACCGAGCGCAUCGCCGCCGUCAGUUCCCAGCUCGCGCAGACCGUCGCGACUAACGUCGGCGGCGACUUGCCGUCCAAAUCGCCCAAGCCGAACCCCGGCCACAAAGCCAAGGGCUUAAGCCAGCUGGAGUACCAGCCCAAGACACCCACCAUUGCCACGCGCCGCAUCGCCAUUCUUCUCGCGGACGGUUUCGACUUCAAUGCCUACACAACCAUGAAAGAAGCCCUCGCCUCCCAGGGCGCCUUCGUAUUCACUAUCGGCGCUGCACGCCAGGGCGUCACCGCUGAGUCAGGCCAGAAGGUCGUGCCGGACCACUUCUUUUCAGGGAUGCGGUCGACUCUCUUCGACGCCGUGUUCAUCCCCGGCGGGAAACACGUGGCGGACGGGCUGGCAAAGAACGGCGUCGCCAAGUUCUGGGUGACCGAGUCGUUCGCGCAUCUCAAGGCUAUUGCAGGCGUGAACGAGGCUGUGCCGUUUAUCAUGAAGCAGAUUGGUCUGAACGAGGUCCGUGUUGCGGCGUCGGAUAGUGCGCUGGAAGACUCGUAUGGCGUUGUGACAGGGUACGGUGAUGCGCCGUCCACGCUGAAAGUGGGCGAGGUUGGUCCUCAGGCGAAGGGGGUCGCAGAGAGGUUUAUUUGGCAUAUCGCGCAGCAUCGUAACUGGCAGCGGGAGCUGGAUGGGCUGGUUGAUCAGGUUGCGGCUUAA